UUAAUGUUUCUAAUCACUUGGCCUUCCAUCUCGCGGAGAUGCCUUCAUUUUUCCAACUCCAACCCAAAAUGUCAAAGAAAAUAGUAUUAUUAUGCGCUAAUUCUAUUUUCUAUUAUUUUUAAAAUUACUAGCGGUAUAUAUCCGUAAAAUAUUUUAUAUUAUACUUAUCAAAAAAUAAUGAAAAAUGGUCCGGAGCUUUUAGCCCGGGCCGCCCCACCACCAUAGCGAAAUCCACCACCGUGGUUCUCCGACCUUAGGGUUCGUAUUCUGUUUAUUACUAUCCUCAGAUAUCGUGAUCUUUAAUCCUCGUGAAUUUGCCUUGCCUCUGCAAUGGCUUCGAAACCGUGGCUACACCCGGCUCCCACCUAUCGUCCAGUGGAGACUUACUGGGAUACCGAUGAAGAUGCUCCUGGUUACCGAUGCGCCCAUACUUUGACGGCUGUUGCUGCCACCAACACUCAUGGACCCCGCUUGAUUCUCUUUGGAGGCGCCACUGCCAUUGAGGGAGGCGGCUCUUCCUCUGUCCCUGGCAUCAGACUGGCUGGAGUCACCAAUUCAGUUCAUUCAUACGACGUCCUUACUAGGAAAUGGACUAGAAUACGACCCGCUGGGGAACCGCCGUCUCCUAGGGCUGCGCAUGCGGCAGCUGCUGUUGGUACUAUGGUUGUCUUUCAGGGCGGGAUAGGUCCUGCUGGGCAUUCAACUGACGAUCUCUAUGUGCUUGACUUGACCAAUGACAAGUUCAAGUGGCACCGACUGGUUGUACAAGGACAGGGACCUGGGCCUCGCUAUGGGCAUGUAAUGGACCUGGUUGCCCAAAGAUUCCUUGUUACUGUCACUGGCAAUGAUGGGAAAAGAGCUUUAUCUGAUGCAUGGGCUUUGGAUACUGCCCAGAAGCCAUAUGCAUGGCAAAGACUAAAUCCUGAAGGUGAUAGACCUUCUGCUAGAAUGUAUGCAACAGCUAGUGCCCGUUCAGAUGGCAUGUUUUUGCUUUGCGGUGGAAGAGAUUCCUCAGGCGUGGCACUUGGAGAUGCUUAUGGGCUCUUAAUGCAUAGAAAUGGUCAAUGGGAGUGGACUCUUGCACCUGGGGUAUCUCCUUCCCCAAGGUAUCAGCAUGCUGCGGUUUUUGUUGGUGCACGAUUGCAUGUUACAGGAGGUGUCCUGAAGGGGGGGCGUUCAGUAGAAAGUGAAGCAGCUGUUGCAGUGUUGGACACUGCUGCUGGUGUUUGGUUGGAUAAAAAUGGGCUUGUGACUUCACCAAAAACCAGCAAGGGACAUACUGAGUCUGAUCCUGCUUUGGAGCUAAUGCGUCGUUGUCGCCAUGCAUCUGCUUCUGUUGGUGUCCGAAUAUAUGUUUACGGCGGUCUGAGGGGAGAUGUGUUGCUAGAUGAUUUUCUUGUCGCUGAAAAUUCACCAUUUCAGUCGGACAUUAAUUCUCCUGUAUUAACAUCUGAGCGAGCCUCAACUAUAACAAGUCCUAGAAUAAAUAAUUCUCAUGCUAAUCGCUAUGAAACAGUUUCAAAUGAUGGACCGGAGAGCCCCUUGUCUUGUGGUAUCAGCAUGGACAAAAAUUCUAUGGAGAAACUUAGGGAGGCUUCUGCUGCUGAAGCUGAGGCAGCUAACGCUGUUUGGCAAGCUGCCCAGGCAUCUGCCAACUCUGCUGAAGAGACAUCUGUAUCUGAUGACAACUCACUAGCUGCAGAAGCAACUUCAGAUGGUAGUGAUGCUGAGGCUGAUGUUCGCCUUCAUCCUAGAGCUGUUGUGGUAGCUAAAGAGGCUGUGGGGAACCUCGGUGGGAUUGUGAGGCAGUUGUCACUAGAUCAAUUUGAAAAUGAAAGCAGAAGGAUGUUUCCUAUGAAUAAUGACACACCAUAUGCUGCCAAAAAGUUCAACAGGCAAAAGUCUCCUCAGGGCUUGCAUAAGAAGAUUAUUUCUACGUUGCUUAGGCCUAGGAACUGGAAAACUCCAGCUAAUCGAAGGUUUUUCCUGGAUUCUUAUGAAGUAGGCGAGCUUUGCUAUGCAGCCGAACAGAUCUUUAUGCAUGAGCCCACAGUUCUUCAAUUGAAGGCUCCAGUUAAAGUUUUUGGUGAUCUUCAUGGGCAGUUUGGUGACCUGAUGCGUCUAUUUGAUGAAUAUGGAUUUCCUUCCACUGCAGGAGAUAUCACGUACAUUGACUAUUUGUUUUUGGGAGACUAUGUUGAUCGAGGGCAGCACAGUUUAGAGACUAUAACUUUGCUUCUUGCACUUAAGAUUGAAUAUCCUGAGAAUGUUCAUCUGAUACGGGGAAACCAUGAAGCUGCUGACAUAAAUGCUCUCUUUGGGUUUCGUCUUGAAUGCAUUGAGAGAAUGGGAGAAAGUGAUGGGAUAUGGGCAUGGACACGUUUUAAUCAACUAUUCAACUUUCUUCCACUUGCUGCACUUAUUGAGAAGAAAAUUAUUUGCAUGCAUGGUGGUAUAGGCAGAUCUAUUCAUUCAGUGGAGCAGAUAGAGAAGAUCGAAAGGCCCAUAACUAUGGAUGCUGGAUCUAUAAUUCUAAUGGAUCUUUUAUGGUCUGAUCCAACAGAAAAUGAUAGCAUAGAGGGUUUGAGACCAAAUGCUAGAGGCCCUGGUCUUGUCACUUUCGGGCCUGACCGUGUAACUGACUUCUGUAAGAAAAAUAAGCUGCAACUGAUCAUUAGGGCGCAUGAAUGUGUUAUGGAUGGGUUUGAACGGUUUGCUCAAGGUCAAUUGAUUACACUCUUCUCUGCAACAAACUAUUGCGGAACUGCAAACAAUGCUGGAGCUAUACUAGUUGUUGGCAGGGGUUUGGUUGUGGUUCCAAAAUUGAUCCAUCCUUUGCCGCCACCUCUUCAAUCACCAGAGACAUCUCCAGAACGUGUGAUGGAUGAUACAUGGAUGCAGGAACUUAACAUCCAAAGACCGCCUACCCCUACUCGGGGUCGCCCACAACCUGACCUUGACAGGAGUUCACUUGCGUACAUAUGAAGUUAGUUUCAUCUCCGCCCUUAUUUAAAAGCAAAGUAUUUUCCGAUUGGCACGGGUGGUGUUGUACUUUAUGAUGAACUAGUUGCAAAGAUGAAAAUUGUUUAGUGUACACAGCUCAAAAAUGAUAGAAGGUUUAGCUAUUAUUCAGGGAGUGUAACAUAUGUUCAAUCAGUAUAAGUGAUAGUUUUUGUAAUUCUUUCGUUGUUCAUAAUUCACACGGAGGGAACUUGGGUUGGUUUUUGUGCAUUGUAAUACCGAGGCUGAGAGGCUUUUAGUCUUA